CAAAAUAAUCAAAAAUAAAUUCUUGCAAUGCAAAUAUAUAAACUAGUUUUCAUGUCAUUGAAUUAAAUAAGUAUUUGUCUCCCAUGUCAACAAAGUGGCACACAGAUUAAUCUAUCAAUGAAAGCUACUUCUGCUUUCCACUCAUCAUGUGUGAAUCAUCUUUUCAACUCCAACCUCUUCUUUAUUUCUGAGUAUUAAAAAAAAGCUGUCAAAGUAGGUCACUGACUAAAUAGGGGUGAUCUAAUAGAGCUGUAGUGAUCUAAAAGACCACUAGCUAGAGCUAACAGCUGUUCCUAUGAUGACUUUGAAAAGCGUGAAAUAUAACGGACUUGCAAGAAAUUGCCUCAUGGGGUAAAGAUGAUCAUGAAAAUGGUGCCUAAAACUAUGACACACACUUAACUUAGAGGUGUCUGCAGAGCUUGAUCGUAUCUUUAGGAGGUAAUUCAGCCAAUUUAUUGAGAUGUGUUGGAUGUGCGAUGCUAUUAACGUUUUAGGACAUCAAGGACCGGAGUUGAGACACCAGAUCAAAAUAAGUCUGUCAGAAGCAAGGAUGCCAUAUCCCUCCUCCGGCAUCAAAGACACGACAAAGAUGGACGGGAUCAAACCGGUGACCCACUGAUUACAUGACAAACUCCUACCUCCGCCGCCACCAAUGCCCUGGCCUUGACAAAGCGGUCUGCUCAACAACAAGCUCUUUGGCAUUGACCCAACACACUGAUAUUAGGUAAGUCUAAAACACGGAGGUGUAAGAUUUACAUUUGAAACAGUUUUUCUGCGACGAGUACAGGAUAGUUUUACCAUACUGACAGGCCAAUGUGCCAUCAAACCUUGGGCGAGAACCUUCUUCUCUCAGCCAGAACAUUAAAGGUUUGCGGAAGACACUUCUAAUAUUUCAGUGAUCCAAAGAGCAGCGCUAAAUUAACAAACCAUUGACCAAAGAAGUUCGUUGAGAUCAUGGGGUGACCACCCAGUCUUCAGCUGACUGGAGAUGGAGCUGAAGCUUUAAGCCAAGAACGAAGUCAGUUCCUGUACAGAGUAGGGAAUCUCUCUUGAAGUGUACAAACUGCCAAUCUUUGCCUCCAUUCCUGCUUAAGUAGAAAUGUACUGAUCUUUUUUUUUUAAACUCUGUGAUGUUUGGUGAGAUAUUAAUAAAGGAAGUGGGAGGUGGGGGCUGUCUGUUCUCAAAUGCAGAAGUGAAACAGGGCAAAAGAGCUGCAUCAUUACACUUGCAACGUAACACCGCCAUUGAGAUUUGAAAUUAUCGCUCGAAUUAAGCCGAAAGGACGGCGCAGAGGAGAGGAUAUUCCCGGAGUCAUGUUGGCUGAAGGUUUUCUCAGAUUGAUGUGCUACAGGGAGGAGAGAAAGUUCGCCACAGCUUUAAAAAGGAAAGGGUAUCAGACGAGCACGCGAUGUGCCGAUCCGCUCAUCUGUUCUGCCUCUGAGCCGAACUUUGUCAACCCACAGAUACAUUUGGCCAAAGAAGAGUCAAACCAGGAAGAGCUGGACCCCAACAAGCCCCAGGGACUGAGAGUUGUGUCUGAGCUUCCAGGCCUCCUGAUUCCUGGGUGUUCGCCGGCAGCCGCCCUCCCACCCAUCUGCAUCGAAGACUGCAGCCUCCUGGAGCAUUACCCAGACCUGCAGGUGGCCGACUCGGGCCGCAUCUCACACAACCUCCCCAGAGCCGUGGCCAACCAAGAGGACUUUCACUUUCAGCCUAACGAGGCGUGCCUCCAAACGGAGGCCAAACUGGAGUCCAUCCCAGACCAGGGGUACCUGGUGAUGGGGGCAAGCGAAAACAUCAGCUUGGAUCUGCCCGGCUUGGAGCCCAUGUCCAACUCUGUGUUGAAUGGGCUGCUGGAGAAACAGCUGGAGGAGGUUUACAUGCAACACCUGACUGACAACUUGGCCCGAUGCGACUCCCACUUCGGACACAGCCUCCUUCACGGCCUGGUGCCGCCACCGCAGCCCGGUUGCCAGUCGCACGGGUCGUACUCACUGGAGGCCAGUCUGGAGGAAGGAUCCGGGGGAGACAGUGGCGAUAAAAUUAGUUAUCUGAACACCCAUAACUUAGCGCCCUGCUCAUCCACCUUCAGCUCUCCUAUGCUGAGGAUUUCAGAGGUGGACAAUCCUCAGCUUCAAGGGAACAAUCCAUCAAAGUAAUAAAAAUCAUAAUACACAAUUUCUUUUUAAUAUCUGUGCCUGACAUUCGAUUUUUUAAACCCCUAAGCCAUAUGUAAAAGGAUUGUAUCAGUGUGUUUUAUGAUGCAAAGCCUUUUUCUUGCCCACUGAAACGAUGCUUGGAUCAGAGCAGCUUCCACACGCCAUCUGCUGUCUGAUUCUGGUACUACGUCUACAUGAACUUACAAGACAUUGAAUGAAUUGAAUUUCACAGGCAUUGCUAAAUUAAAUUAUGAGAUAUUUCAGAGUCAGUUAUUGCUUGCUGUUUUAUACACAAAUAAAUAAUCAC